AUGGAACCACAGCAAGAAUUAGAGUGGAUGAAAGCUCAGAACAUUGCAGUAAGUGUGGACCUUGAAGCCGCCGCGAAAAAGCAGCUUCAGUUCCUUGCAGCUGUAGAUAGGAAUCGUCACCUCUAUGAUGGUUCUGCUCUUGACAGGGCAAUCUAUAGGUACAAUGCUUGUUGGCUUCCCUUGCUCGCGAAACAUUCUCAGUCUCGGAUCUUUGAAGGGCCUUUGGUAGUUCCUCUUGACUGUGAAUGGGUUUGGCACUGUCACAAGCUCAACCCGGUAAGAUACAAGUCUGACUGUGAGGAACUUUACGGUCGGAUACUCGACAACUUUGGUGUUGUCUCCACUGUUGAAGGAGUUUGUAGCAGGCAAACUGAAGAAAUAUGGAAUAAAAUGUAUCCUAAUGAGCCCUACAAUGUUGAUUUGACUAACCUUCUUCCAGAGGAUAUCUCUGAAAGGAUUUCAAGUCUUGCAAAAUACACCAAAUAUGAUCUGGUUUCAGCUGCCAAGAGGCAGAGUCCAUUCUUUUACCAGGUAUCAAGACUCCACAUGAAAAAUGAUCUGUUUAUCAGGGAAGCCGUGGCCAGGUACAAAGGCUUCCUGUAUCUUAUCAAGAGCAACAAGGAGAAGGGUAUCAAGCGCUUCUGUGUUCCGACUUAUGACAUUGACCUAAUCUGGCACUCUCACCAGUUGCAUCCAGCUUCUUAUUGUAAAGACCUCAACGAAGCACUUGGAAAAGUACUGGAACAUGAUGAUACAGACUCAGACAGAACUAAAGGAAAGAAACUGGAUACUGGUUUUUCUGGAACAACAAAACAGUGGGAAAACACAUUUGGUACAAGAUAUUGGAAGUCUGGAGCAAUGUAUAGGGGUAAUGCUCCAUCUCCUAUCACAAGUAGCCCUUAUUCAUCUACCAUGAUUCGCAAGAAGGUUGUUCCUUCAGAUGAAAAUCCACAUGAAAAUUUGCUACAAGAUCGGAAAAUCGUGGAGGUUCUGUUAGAGUUUGUUGGGGUUAAAAACUUACCCGAGGGACAAGAAAGAGGUCUUCAUGUCAUAUUUUCCAAAUCACAGCCUGAUGCAUUUCUUAAUGCUAAAAGGAGACUAAGUAUUUUGUCGGAAUCUAAAGAAAAACGAGUUGCAUCAUUCCAGUGUGAGCCUACAGGGGAGCUACAUUUUGAGCUAAUGUCACAUUCUUCUUCUAGCUUAGCAAUUAGAAGAUCAGCAAAGACAUUGGGAUCUGCUUCAUUCUUCAUGAAAGACUAUCUAGACCCAGUUUCACAACUCUCUGUUGAGAAAUGGUUGGAGUUGGUGCCAAGUUCUGGUACAAUUAACUCAAAACCAAUCAUGUUAAGAGUAGCCAUCUCCUUUACUGUCCCAGUUUCUGCUCCAUAUGUGCUUGAAAUGACUCGGUCAUCCCCAUUUUCGAAAAAUGCAUGUUUCUUCAAUCUUCCUGUUAGGGCUCGCCAUGCCAAGAGCUGGACUCAUGCCACAGAUGAAACUGGCACCACAUUCAUAAGCCUUCUAAUGAGGGAUUUGAAGGACUCAGAAAACACAGGAAGUAUAGGAAAGGAGGUUGUUGGCCUCAUGAAUUCUGGUGAAACUCGAGUUCUGGCUAACUCAAUGGAAGAUGGAUGGUCUGUUAUGAACAACCUCUGGUUGUUUAAGAAAAUAAAAAAUGAUGGUCAUCUCUUUGAGCUUACUGGCUCCACGAUGGUGAAGCUCUUCCCAGGAAGAAAGCUAGACUAUGAAGCUAGGCACCAUGGGAAACAAGCAAAUGAAACGGGCUUGUUAACCGCAGUCGAAUUCUCCACAGAAGAUCCUUAUGGCAAAGCAGUAGCAUUGCUUGACUUGAGAUCAAGAAUUGUCAUGGCUAAGGAAAAGUGGAUGGUGUUGCCUGGGAUCAUAUUGGCUUUCAUUGCUUCUAACAUGAUGAAGAAAGAAGGGUUUGAAGGCAUCAUUGCUAAGAGUAAAGAUCUGAAGGUGAAUGGUUCAGAUGAGGCAAAAGAUAAGAUAGAACUGAAGGGAGUGGACUCAAACAUCAAUAAUGUGUCAAGUGGAAAUGCUGCAGGGUUGACAAAAAAGCUUGGAGGCUCAGCUGGAGGCUUUGGGAACAAUGAAGUAAAGAGUGGUGGCUGUGGAGGCUGCGGUGCUGGUGCUUGUGGUGGAGGGUGUGGAAAUAUGGUUAGAAGUGGUGGUGGAUGUGGUUCUGGUUGUGGCGGAGGCUGCGGAGGAGGGGUGGUUUAAUGGACAGUAAUAAGGCAGUGGCUGCAUGAACAUGAAGCCUGCUUUGGUGAUUUGUGAAUAUCAGCUUUUAAUUUCUGUAAUUAGCACUAUUAAUCUCUGGUUAAAUAAACAU